AUGGGCGACCCUGCUGAUUCUCCAGCGUACAGAGUAGGCUAUCGCGCUCACGAAUACAAAGAUGCAGGUCUACCAUACGAGAAAUCUCCAACGCGGUCUCCAGAUCCAGCCCAGAAGGAAAGUGAGGCUAAAAGUCGUCAGGCAGAUGCAGUUCCUGCCGACCUGAGCAAUCCGGAUCUGCCAAUCUAUAAGAGAUAUAUCGCCCCUGCCCGUCAAAUCGUGAACGAAUAUGACGCUCUAUUCCCGGACCUAGAGCGUGGUCCAGACCAAUUAGGCGAUCAACCGAACGUUCUCACAACCGUGGGAGAUCAGCCCGAUGAUCAAAGCGUUGAGUGUCAUCAUAUCAUGGAUAGCUGGGGAGAGCGUGGAACUGGGGACAGCCAUCAAUUCUAUUUCAAUUCAGCAAAGCAUAAAACUGCGGCUGGGACCCCGAUUGCCGAUGGAACUGUUGAAUGGGUACAUUUGGGUUUUCGAUCCCCAACACCUAGCCGGAUCCAGUCCGUGGUCGACAAAUACGCUCGCUCAGGACUGGAAGAUGGAAUCGACCGAUUGGCUGAUGGCCUUCUGAGACGAAUGUUCAGCAACGAGGAGAAAACCUUUGUCGGAGGGUACUAUUUGCAACCUGGCGUCAUACGCUAUGAUGGAGAGACACCGUUACAAGACGUGCCCGACAGACCUUGUACAUUUGUCAAUUUCCCCUAUCUAUGUCUUGAGUGGCCUAGGGAACUGGAGGCGCUGCCAGAGGAACCUGACCCCGGGAACAGGAAGUUUCCGGUGCGCUCAUUGCUACAGUCGCGCUAUCGUUUACAACUUACCCGCGAGAAAGAUCAGAAGCAGUCUGUCUCCGCCUUGACCAACAGACAGGUCAAUGCCUGCAUACAGCCCGCUUUAGCCCACCUGAACUCCGGCACUGCCAUGGAGAAAUACACCGUUGUUACGUGCGCUCCUAUAAAGGGAGCAGCGCUUCAAGGACAGGUCAUCUCAGUGACCGAGAUCAACCAGGACGACCCCACUGUCCAAGUAGUGCUUGAUCAUAAGGGACGAUUGAAGCGUUACAGAUAUCAACGCAAUCACUGCGAUUCUUGGUUUCGCUUGUUGAACAAGCACAGACAAAUCUUACUCUCGAGGGGACUUUUCGGAGACAAAGGUAUACAGAAUGGACAAUUCGACCUGUUCUUUCAAGGCGAGAGGAAUCAAGAGACGGAACUUACUUGGUUAAACUGGUUGGAAGUUCUCCAGAAGCACAAUACAUCGAACCUGGAAAUCACGAUCAGGAAAACAUCAGGAUCCAAACCACCGGGAAUUAGCUUGGCUGGAGCAACAGCUUUAAGCCAGGCAUCUCAAAACCUCCAGAUUCCAAAGUCCAAUCAACAAGUCGUGGCAGAUCCUCGACUCCCAGCAGUGAACAAGGAACCGGGCGAAUCAUCGGGAAUGCGACGCCGCAACCAAUUCGAACGUACGGCCAAUAACGCAGAUCAGGAACGAACAUCUCGAGUACAAUUCGCCGGUGGUGCUGAUAAUGUCCUGGGACCAUCUUCGGACCCAAGUCCCGAAGACUUUGCAAACAGCCUCGGCAGUGAGAAACGUAAAAUCAUUCCGUUCUUUCAAUGGCGACUGCGUAAAAACACCAAGAAAGGUGCUGAGAGCACCAGAGCUGGACGCAGCCGCAUCGUAUUGGACAAGAUUUUACCGAAACUGUUGGAGACAUACCGAGAAUUGUUCUACGAUGAGAAUCUGAUCUUGGACGAGUUGGACUUGGAAAGCUUGACACAGUUGUUGAAGUUGGAAGGACGAACAUUCGAGCAAUUCGCCGAGGAUACCGAAGCUGGUGCACAGCGUGGUGAGCAAAUUGAGUUUCUGAUCAAGUCAGCAAGUGCACUUUUGGACCUGUUUUUGCCAAAUAUUAUCGAACAAAAUGCGCAGCAAGGACAGUCCCAGCAUCUCACUGAAAACAAAGUCCCUGGACCUGCAGAUACAGGUGGCCACUCAGUGGAAGCGUCAAAUGGCACGGGGAAUCCUCUAGAUCGCACGAAUAGGCCGGCUACCGAUAACACUUCUGCUGAAUUAGUUCAACAUUCCUCUCGCAAAUCAGACGCAGCUAUCGACACGGCGAGCGUCAAACCUGAUGGGAAAGAUAUCACGCCUGGAAUGGAGGGUCACGCACUUCUGAAUCUCUUCAGAGCGGUAUUUGGGGGCGUCAUUCUGUUCUUGAAAGGAGCAACCAUCCCCGAGAAGGAUUUUGAUGAAAUCAUCCAAGUUCUACGAACCACCCACGGGAUUGCCCUUUUCUUACACCUCGGGGUUCGCUCGCUCUCGGGUAUGGAAGAGUACGACCGCGACCCAGAGUUCGGCGGCUCUGCCAUCUUACAACGAACCAUUGUGAAAGCGUUCACGCACAUCAUCUACAUGUUCUUUGGACUGUGGCAAUCUCUCUGGGCGAGAAAAGAGAAUGAGACAGCUCCAGAGCCUCAGCUGUAUGCUUGGGCAUUGGGCCACGGAGAUAUCUGUGCUAGGAUGCUCCUGGAAGCAAGAAACGACCUCAUUGCUGAAGCUGGAGAGUUUGAGAAGGAGCCGCCACAUGGUCCAAUGGUCACACCCGAGGCAGUCGUUAUAAUGCUUCUGGAACGUCUAAGUCAGAACGUUCAUGGAGUGGGCACCUUCGAUCUGGGGGACAUUUAUGAACGAGUGAUAGAGAAAUUGGCUGCGGAAGUCGAGUACAACGCAACAAGACCGCUGCUGUUUGAGAUCAACAAGACAUCGGAAGAGCUCGACAUUAUCCGCGAUGUGCUCAAACAGCAGGAGCGGGUUUUGCUGUUGUACCGCAGGUCACUGGACCCGGCAACGUUUAGCAAAGGCAAGGCCGGGAUCGAGCGAGAGAAGAGGUUCCCCUGCGAGGAGAGGUCCAUCAGCGCCGUGCUCAAGACAGUUCGAGAGCGGAUCAACGACUUUGACGAGCUUAGGAACCGAAUCACACAAUUGCGGACUCAGAACGUUCAAUUGGUCGAGACCCAGCAGGAUGAGAACAACAAGGCUAUCCUGGUCUUCACCGUGGUCACCAUCUUGUUUCUCCCCAUGUCGUUUGUGACUGGGUAUUUCGGCAUGAACUUGCAGGGCAUAGCGAACACUAGGACCGGAGUAGGCCAUUUCUGGGCUAUCGCCCUGCCCGUGACCUCGGUCAUUGCGAUACCCUGUCUUGUGCUGGCAUUUUGGGGCCCAAUUGUCCGGAUUUGGCGUCGGAUACGACAGACGAGAGCAGACUGA